AGAUGCCUUCUUGAGGCUGUUUGUGGCCACCCACAGAUACUUGUAAGGAGGAGAGGCGUCAGCCUGGAAGAGGCACUCUGAAAUGAGGGAUUAGAAGCCGGAAUCCAAGGAGUAAGAGCUGCAGCCAGAAGACGACGAGCGAACAGGGCCCUGAAGAUACUCCUACUGAGAGGUCUGCCAUGGCCUCUCUCGGUCUCCAACUCGUGGGCUACAUCCUGGGUCUUCUGGGACUGUUGGGCACCCUGGUUGCCAUGCUGCUCCCCAGCUGGCGAACAAGUUCUUACGUCGGUGCCAGCAUUGUGACUGCAGUUGGCUUCUCCAAGGGUCUCUGGAUGGAAUGUGCCACUCACAGCACAGGCAUCACCCAGUGUGACAUCUACAGCACUCUUCUAGGCCUGCCCUCUGACAUCCAGGCUGCCCAAGCCAUGAUGGUAACCUCGAGUGCAGUCUCCUCGUUGGCUUGCAUUAUCUCUGUGGUGGGCAUGAGAUGCACAGUGUUCUGCCGGGACUCCCAAGCCAAAGACAGAGUGGCGGUAGUGGGCGGAGUCUUCUUCAUCCUUGGAGGUCUUCUGGGCUUUAUCCCUGUCGCCUGGAAUCUUCAUGGGAUCCUUCGGGACUUCUAUUCCCCACUGGUGCCUGACAGCAUGAAAUUUGAGAUUGGAGAGGCACUCUACUUGGGCAUUAUUUCCUCCCUGUUCUCCUUGGUAGCCGGAAUCAUCCUCUGCUUUUCCUGCCCAUUCCAAGGCAACCGUCCCAACUACUAUGAUGCCUACCAGGCUCAGCCCCUUGCCACCAGGAGCUCUCCAAGGCCUGGUCAACCACCCAAAAUCAAGAGUGAAUUCAACUCCUACAGCCUGACUGGGUAUGUGUGA